GCAGCGGAAUCGGUCGUCUCAUGAGUCUGAAAUUUGCCGAAAUGGGCUGUCGUUUGGUCAUCUGGGACAUCAAUGAGGAGGGGAACCUGGAGACAGCGCGACAGAUAGAGGCCAAGGGGUCGAAGGUCAAGGCUUAUACUGUUGACCUGUCCAACAAGGAGUCCAUUUAUGAGACGGCAGCGAAGGUCAGAAAUGCUAAAGUAUAGAAAGACUGGCGUCCACACCACUGUUGUCUGCCCUUUCUUUAUCAAAACCGGAAUGUUUGAAGGAGCAAAAUCACGGUUUCCUUGGUUGCUUCCAUUGUUGGAGCCCGAGUACGCCGCUGACAAGAUUAUGGAUGCAGUUCGCACGAACCAGCCUAUGCUCUGUGCACCACGGGUCCUCUACCUCUUGUACUUCCUCCGUGGGGUUUUCCCAUCCACUGUUGCGGAUGUUCUGGCUGAGUUCAUCGGGAUCAGCGCGUCCAUGGACGACUUUGUCGGGCGCACCAAGCCAAAGACUGCCUAGUUCUGGGGUUCUGAACUUGUUUUUGUGACGAGGUUCCUACUGUAUGUUGUGAUGUCGUGGCCCUCUGUUCCCUUUUUUGUGACUUGUCAUGUGAGAAGUUGAGAGGUUAUGGAGGAAGAGGGAGGGUAGGAGUGAGAGGAAGAGGGAGGGUAGGAUUGAGAGAGAG